UUUUGACAACAAUUAUUGACAAUUUAAUUUUAUAAACUUCAAAAUAAAUUUUAUAUUUUCGAGUUUUGCAAGAAAAUUUUAGUGAAAUUUUGAAAUUAAUUUUUUUUUAAUUAAAAUUUAAAUUUAAUAUUGUGAUAUUUAAUAAUUUUAGAACUACAAAUAUUUUAAAUUCAUUGUAAAUAUUAAUUAAAUUUGAUUAACAAAAUGUUGAAUAAAUUUCAAUUAUUCUUCUUAAUUGCAUUUGGAUAUCUUUUAAUAACAGACUGUCGUGAAUCAGUAAGAUCAAAACGUGCAAAACGUAUACGUGCACCAGAAGCAGUUAAUUUUGAACCAGAACCAAGACAAGAAUUAGAUAAUGAUGGUAAUAGUCAAGAAAAAGAUAUACCCAAUAUACCACAUAAUUUUUUGAGUCCUUCAGUCCGGGAAUAUUUAGAAUUAGGAAAAUCAAUUCCAGGACGGCCAGGUACAGAUUAUCCAAUACUUUCGGCAAUUCCUUAUACAAAUUUCUAUUGCGAUGAACAAUUAUAUCCCGGAUUUUUUGCAGACAUGGAAACAAGAUGUCAAGGUUGGCAUUAUUGUGAUAUAGAUGGUAGACAGGCAUCAUUUUUAUGUCCAAAUGGUACACAAUUUUCUCAAGCAGUUUUUGUAUGUGAUUGGUGGUUUAAUGUCCGGUGUGAUUUAUCACCACGUUUAUAUGCAAUUAAUGCUAGACUUUAUCAGAGACCUAAAGUGAAUCCAACAAGACCACAUCGAAUAAUUACAAAACAAUUAGUAGAUGAUAUUUUUAAUUGAAAAAAACAACAACAAAAAUGAAAUAAAUUGAUGAUAAAAAUAUGAAAAAUGCGAAAUUGAAAUAAAAAUAAUUUAUUUAAAAAAAAAUUAUAAAAAAAAAAUAUUAAAAAUUAAAUUAAUUGGAGAAGAUAAGAAAUGAUAGGUGAACAAAAUUUUUGACAGUUUUGAUAAUUUUUAAGAAAAUUUAGGGAUAAUAGAAGAGAAAUAAAUUCAUUUUUGUUGUUUUAGAGUUCGUAAAUGCGAUUCUGAAAGUAUUUUUCCGAAAAUUUUUAAAUUAUAGAAAUUGGAUAUUCAAAUAAUUUGUAAAACUUCUGAAAAACACAUUUCACAAAAUUUAAUUUCUCAAUAUACAUUUUGUCCACAUCAAUUCAAUUUCUAAUUCUUAUUUAAUAACAAUUUUUGACAAUUAAAAAAAUUCCUUCCAAAAAGUAGUGUUCAUUCACUCACUGUUUUAAAAACAAUUCAAUAUUUUCAAAAAUUAUAAAGCAAUCCUUCUAUAGAAUCUCUUUCUAUCUCUUUAAUUUCAUUUUAUUGUAAUUCUUUCAAAAUAUUGUUAUAGUGUCCUUAAAAUAGCCUGACUUCAAAAUAGUGGUAACAUGACACUGACACACAAUUGAGUGUAUUUAUUGUAAUUACUCUGACCAUUGGUGCAGUGGUUAUGGCACCGGCCCUUUAACCGAAGGGUCUCGGGUUCAAACCCCGGUCAGGUCACUAUAAAAAUUAUAUUCAAUAUUAUAUAACUUAAUAUGCAAUACUAAUAAAUAUUAUACAAGUAAUUUUCAAAUAUUCAUAAUAUUCGAUACUAAAGACUAAGAAAAAUAAACAGUAAAUAUUAAUAACCUCAAAUAAUUAAUAUAAAUAAGACUACGGCAGGCUAGUCACCUACCUAGUUAAACUCUAUGACGCUAUGAAACUAGUGCAUGAGAAAUCAUGCACUAGCCCUAUGCUCCUUCUAGGAGUGAAGAAGGAAAAAAAAAAAAAAUUGUAAUUACUCUGAAUUGUGUAUUAGUACAUUAUUACUGCAGUUUUAAAUUGUAAGGGAUUUCGGAUGGACACUUUCAUACUGUCAACAUAGAAUCUUUAAUUAUUUCGAAAACAAUUCAAUAAAGAAUUAUGACAAUAAUUACAAAUACUUCAAAUUUUUUUCAUAAUUUCACACAUAAUAAUUAAGUUUCAAAAUGGAUGACAUUUGGAAUAAUUUUAAAUUAAAUGAUUAGAAAAUUAAAUAUUGGAAAUUAAUUUUAUGCUAAUGCAAAUUAUAAUUUUUAAGAUAAUAUAACAAAAUAUUUAAAAUUAUAGCGUCGACUUAAUGCAGAUUAUAAUCAAAUUAAACAAACUCCAGAAAUAUAAAUACGAGUAUAAUAUUGAGUAAUAUAGAACCUUAAACAAUAAACAAUAUCGAUAUAGGGGCUCUCAAAUUUAAAAUAGAAUUUUGCAAUAGAAUUAUUAAUCAACAUUAUAAUUUUUAGAAUCUAUA